AUGGCUUUAUCACCUCGACAUUCAAGACCACUCUUGAUCCUCAGUUGCAUCACCAUCUCAUCACUCUUUUUUUAUUACUUUCCUACAUUUCGUUCAACUGAUCCUAUAAACACUGUUGAAGAAAAAAUAAAUUCACAACCAUCUGAUGGAUUCCUUCAACAACAAACAAAUGAUCAUCAAUUGAAAUUAAAUCCAAUUAGUCUUCAACAUCAAAACACAAGUUUGAUAGAAGAGGAUCAAAAUUCUACAAAAUGGUAUCAAAACCCAUCUUUCUUUUCUGAUCGUUUGAUUUAUUCUCCUACAGUUUUGGUCAAACCAACUAAGAUUUUAUUCUUUGCUGAUCUUGAAGACUUUACUCUAGAUUCGUAUGUUCGCACAGAUACAUUCUUUUACGAAACAUACGAGGCAGCACAAAAGCAUCCAAGUAUUAUAGCCAAAUUCUGGGGACCUGGGUAUUCAGAUUACGAUCCGAAUGAAGAUUGGAAUCAAAACAUUAAUAAGAGAUUUGGUUGUGGUUACUUUCAAAUCGUGUUUACUCAUUAUGGUUUGAUUAAGAUUUGGGAUGAGUUAUUGACUACUAAACCAUUAGAAUGUAAUACGCUUUUGAUCGUUAAAGGUGGGGAUUGUAAUUUUGGACAAUGUGUUAAAGAUAGUUAUUUAUUGAAUGGGAACAUCACAUUGGUUAGGUAUGCAAAUGAAUUAGUCGAAAUGUAUUCUUAUUUAAAUAUCCUUAAAGCCAAGAAUCGAAAAUAUGAUUAUUUAUCGGAUGAUGAAUUAAGUCAAAAGUUUCAAUUUCAACUCUUUGGUCAUGUUCCUGAUACAGCCAACGAAUGGGAUUUUUAUCCAUUAGAUGAUUGGGAAUCAAAGAUAUAUGAUGCAGUACUUUUUGGUAAAAUCAAUAGUUACUAUCCUCUUAGAACAACCGUAGCCAAAGCUAUCCAAGCCAGUCAAACCUUUAUAGUGAAUUCCAUCAAACUCCCUGAACUAGAUCCGAAUUGGAAAGACUUGAAACCUCCAAAGAAAUUGAAUUGGUUAGAUCCAUCACACGAUCUUCAAAGAAAGAUUUUACAAGACUUUAGUAAGAACAUGAGGCAAUCUAAAAUAUGUGUAUUUGAUGGAUCGAUUGAAGGAAAAUUCAUUCGAAAGUUUUCUCAAGCUAUGUUAUCUGGAUGUGUGAUUGCUAGUGAUUUACCCAAUGAUCAUGAUACGAUCUUAAAGAAUAAUAUUAUUGAAUUAAAAUUAAAUUCGACUAUUGAAGAAAUCAAUAAAGCCAUCAAAGCAGCUUUAUUGGAUGAAACCGAAUUGAAAAGAAAAGCGUCUGUCUUACUAAGAUAUGCUCGACAACAUUUAACGAGUACGAGAGAAUUAGAUUUGAUGAUCGAAAGUGCUGAUCGAUAUCGGAAUGGUGAAAGAGGGUAUUGGUUUCCUACUGCUUUCUCUGCAUUCUGUAGAAGGUAUAAUGUUGAAGAUCCUGGGAUAGUACCAGAAUGUUUUUUUAUUGGAAAAAGAUGUUGGACUGGCUUUAGAUUGGGAUCUGGUUUCUAG